AUGCAUCAAGGCGACCCACCUCCGUCGUCGUCUAGCACAGGUUCCCUACAGCCCAACUCUGACGGACAACAGCACCAUGUAAAAGCCAUCGCCGUUAAACUUCCAGCCUACUGGGAUCGCAAUCCAGCUAUCUGGUUCGCCCAGGCGGACGCCCAGUUCCAUCUGGCCGGUGUGACUGCUCAGACCACUCGUUUCUAUCAUGUCAUCUCCGCCCUGUCUCCCGCGGCCGCCGAGGAAGUACAAGAUCUGAUAAUCUCUCCCCCAACGCAGAACGCGUAUGACCAACUCAAGUCUGCCCUGCUGAAGCGUACGUCCGCCUCCGACCGUGACCGUCUGAGGCAGCUCUUAUCGGCGGAAGAGCUCGGUGACAGGCGGCCUACCCAGCUCUUGCGCCGCAUGAAGCAGCUCUUGGGAGAUGACGCUCCGCAGGCCGGCGACAAAUUCUUGCGUCAGCUGUUCAUGCAGCGCUUACCCAAUAACGUGCAGAUGGUCUUGGCAGCAGCCGCGAAUCUUCCCAUCGACGAGCUCGCCACCCUCGCGGAUGCUGUCAUGGAGGUUGCCUCAUCUCCUUCUCUUUCCGUUCUCGAGCAACCGGCUACCCAGACUAGAGGGCGAGCGGUUCCCCCAGCCAUUCCGCCCAUCCCAGAAGCUUGUCCUUCGGUUUCCCAACCCACUCCAGCCACCGAAGCUAUACUCCAGCAGGUCAAUAGCCUUACGCAAUUGGUUGCGACGCUGGUUGCUCGCCCACGAUCCCCGAGCCCCCGUCGCCCAAGGUUCCGCAGAGGUUCCCCGUCGCCACGGCGAUCGCGAUCUCGUUCUGCGAAUCAGGAGGGCCUCUGUUGGUACCACCAUCGCUUCGGUGCCGAAGCCCACCACUGCUUGCUCCCCUGUUCUUGGACGGGAAACCCGCCGGCCCCCCACUAA